AUGGUCGCCACUGCCGUCGUUAACACCUUCCUCUCCAGCAUUCUAGUUCUCAAGCCGGCGCAAAACUCUCUCGCCGCCUCAUCGGCCAAUUCAUUGUAUACCUACCGUGCCGCCUCAAACUUUUUGGACGAGUGUAUGUGCUUGCACGAUGUGACAGAGUUCGAUACAGAGAUUGGCGGAUGGCUUGAAGGGAAGGUUGACGCCAGCGCGCCGCGAGUCCCCGAAGAACUCAAUAUCCUAAUGCUGCGCAAUCUACCGUGUCAGAUAGAUUCACUUCUUUUCAAGGUCGCCAGAUACGCGCAGUGCAGCGAGAUGCGGCUCGUAAAGACUCUCAAACUGGUCAACGCCGAGCGCCAGGCGAGAGCAGUCUCCAAAUUCGAAUGCCAGAGCUCAGCAGCCCAUACCCGCUCUUUCUUCUUACCACCAAGUAUGAUCCUUUCUGCGGUCUUCAACAGUUCCGAGAAUGUUCGCGAUUACUGGAGUGUCACCGCUGGCGAGCAUCUGGGCAGUUUUGGUGAGGUCUAG